GCGACGCUGUCGCAAUGACCAUUUGUCAGUUCUUCCUUCAAGGCCGGUGCCGCUUUGGAGACCGGUGCUGGAACGAACAUCCCGGCACCCGGGGUGCGGGCGGGGGACGGCAGCAACCACAGCAGCAGCCCGCAGGUGACGCUCCCCUCAAUCCUCCGCUGCCAGCUGAGCCGGCAAAGGCCUGGCGUGGGGCCCGUGCGCCGGGGACCCGGCGUCUCGCGUGGGUUCCCGGUGCUGGGCGUGACGCCGCGCCGGUCAGGUGACCAGGACGUGCACGCGUCGCGGCCGCCCGGGCCCCGCCCACCUGGCUUCUCACAGUGCAGUUUGAUGUUUUCAUCCGCAACUUGGGCAAGUCGGUUUUUGUUGAGCAGUUGAGGACCGGGCUUUGGCCCUGGGUGCUAGUGCCAAACAACGAAUUUUUACAUCAGAAGUAAUAAUAGGCGUGGAUGGAAUGCCACCAGUCAGAGAUAUUCCAGUGUCAUCCAGCCUUCCAGUUUCUCUAAAUCCACACCAUGGGGGGGCAGCAGAGAUCAAGAAAAACCAUCUUUUGGUUCUUUUGAUUCUGAAGCUUCAACUAGCCGGAACAGGGGCUUUGGAUUAUCUGAAAACCCAUUUGCUUCACCUAACUGUGAUGAGCAGACAGAUGAAAAGAAACUUCUGGAAGGAAUCGUGAAAGAUAUGGAGGUUUGGGAAUCAUCAGGACAAUGGAUGUUUUCUGUUUAUUCACCAGUGAAAAAGAAACCUAAUAUUUCAGGUUUUACAGACAUUUCACCAGAGGAGUUGAGGCUUGAAUACCAUAACUUCUUAACCAACAAUAACUUACAGAGUUAUCUAAAUUCUAUCCAACAGUUAAUAAAUCAGUGGAGGAAUAGGAUAAAUGAACUGAAAAGUCUAACUACCUCUACUAAAGUAGCAUUGCUCUCUGAUGAUGGAAUAAAUCACGCAGCACCUACAUUUGGAUUUGGAAUUAGGCCAGCAGGAACAUUUGGAUCACCAGGUUUUCAGGUGAAUAAUAGCAGCAGUGAUAAUGCUCAGAAUUUUAGUUUUAAAACAACCCCUGGAUUUGUCACUGCCUCUUCUGGAAGCCCUUCAGUGUUUGGGAGUCCUCUAGCAUUUGGAGCUCUAACCUCUGCCAGUUCUGCCACCUCCACUUCCACUCCAACUUUUGGAUUUGGGAAACCUGAAAUUACAUCUGCUGCUUCAUUUUCAUUUAAAAGUCCUGCAGCCUCCAGUUUUGGAUCACCUGGAUUUUCAGGAUUUCCAGCUUCCAUGGCAGCGGGCCCUGUUGGAGCUCCAGUGGCCCCAGUCUUUGGAAACACCAGUUCUGUGGCUGGUUUUGGUAGUCCCAGCUCACAUUCUUACACUGCCUUUUCCAAGCCAUCUAAUGACAACUUUGGAGAUAGCAGCUUACCCACCUCUCUCCCAUUCUCAAAUGUCGUCAUCACCACAGAUAAUGUGUUAUUCACACCCAAGGAUCAACUAACAGUAGAAGAAUUAGAACAAUUUCAAUCUAAGAAAUUUAUUCUGGGAAAAAUUCCAUUAAAGCCACCACCUGUGGAGCUUCUAAAUAUUUAAAAGGGCGAUUUUAAAUACAGAAAAGAACGACUUUUAAAUAAGAGGUUUUUUGUUUCUGUUUUCACAGUACUGGAGUUGAACCUAGGGCCUUGAGUGUACUAAGCAAGUGCUUUACCACUGAGCCAUACCCCCAGCCUUAUAAUGGCUUUUGAACUUGUCCUGAGUGGUUCAUAUAAAAGAGCAGAUAUAGAUGCAUGUGUGUAUAUACAUAUACACACAUACAUAUAUGUAUGUAUAUACACAUAUUUUUGAGGAAUGUGAACUUUCAAUAAUAACUUUAGGGAUUUUAAAGUUUAACAUUUUUUUCCUUAAGCUUAAGUAGAAUAUAUCAAAAAUAUAAAUAAAUAAAUACAUAAUAAGGGAAUUUUUUUUGGACUGUAAUUAUGAACUGAAAAAAAAAAUUGUACUGAAUAAUAUUCUGUCCCACUUUACUGUCUCACCCUUUAAAGUUGGUGUGUGUGUGUGGUGUGUGCCUGGGAAUCAAACCCAGGGCCUUUUCGUGCUAGACUAGACCUCUUAUCUGUUCCUCCCUCACUGUUUCCAGUUCCUUUUCUCUUACCCUCUGAGGUAAGAGAAAGGUUCAGAAGCAAGACGAGGAUGUUCCAGCUGGAUUGAUGUAGCUGCCUUCUUUACUCCAAGCCCCAUUCUUUGAAUUCUGCCUUUUCACUUUUAUCUCCUUUUCAAAGGGAUCAUUGAAAGUCUUCAAGAAGUGAGACAUCUUUUUAAGAAGGAUGCUUUUAACGUAUGAGAAAAAUUAAUGACUUUUUCUUUCCCUUCAAAGAUUAGUUAAAUUAUUACAGAAGAAACUCAAAAGGUCCAAAACUUCAUUGAUGCUCCUGAAGGGCAAAUUAAAAUAAUGAAAUGCCUCAUCAUGUUCAUCCACCUGGUAAAAAUGAAAACCUGACAAUAACAAAUAUUGGUGAAGGUGUAAUAUAGGAACUCACAUGCAAUCAGUGGAAGUGUAGAUUGUUGCAAGUACUUAAAAGAGCAGACUGGCAGCAUCUAAUAACAUUGAAGGUGCACAUCCUCUACAACCUAGCAGUUCCACUCCUAUGCAAGACCUUGCUCCUCAAAGUAUGGUCCUAGGACUAGCAGCAUCAACACCACCUGGGAAGUUAACAUAUGUGAAAAGCCAGGUCUUACCCCAAACUUAAUGAAUCAGAGACUGCACUUUAGAAGGACUAAUCAAAUGAUUUGUAUGCACGUGGUUGUGUGAGAAAUUUGCAUAUAUGAACAAGGAUAUGUACAAAAAUGUGCAUAAUAUUGUUUAUAGUAGCAAAAUGGAAACAACCAGAAGUCCUUUCACAGGAUAGCAGAUAAUCUGGUAUGAUGGAAUGCAUCUGUAUACUCAUGAAAAGUAUAAACAACCAAAAUGAGGCAGGUGCAGAAUUAUAUGUAUAAUAUACUAUUUAAAAUGCAAGUUAUAUUAUUUGUGGAUACUUACAACAUAGGAAUAGCAGCAUGGGAAUAAUAGGUUCAAAAUGGUAUUUACCUAGGUUAGGGAGAAAAAUGAAUCUGAGAGGUAUAGACAGGAGGCUUUAUAUGUGAUCUUUUUAAAAUGCAACUUAAAGCUUUAUAUGACUAUGAUAAAGUUUAGCAGUGGAUGAUGAGUACAUAGUUAUAACUAUGUUAUUUUCUGUACUUUUCCAUAUGGCUAAAAUAUGUCUACAAAUGUUAAAGAUUUUAGAAAACAAACGCUGCCUUUUCUGCCUCAAAAUGUGUAUUAAGUAGCUUUCUGAUUCCUAAAGUGAUCGCUGUGCAUUGACUGUUUUGUCAAAUUGUAUUUUAGUCUAUUGGAUUAUACAUGGCACACUGAUGAAGCUUGUUCAAAUACUGAAGCCCAGAAGCAAAACUGCUCUGGAGAACAUUUGGGUAGUCAAAGAAAUUUUAGGAUACACAUUCAGGUAUUUGUGGACAAAAAUGAAAAUUAUAUUUGAUGAACUGUUUAAGGGUUUAUAUUUGUUUCAUUACACCAGACAAGGAAGAUAAUGUAGAAUCAGUAUGUUAAGUAUUUACCUUGAGGUUGUUAACAGCCACAUGUCCUCAAGCAGCUAGAAGUCCAGCCUUGUAUCCUUGGUCAUUGCUCGUGCA